UCGGGUCUCCCGGAACGCCCUGCGCGCGCCCUAGGGGAGGUGGGGCUGGCUGGGCUCGCAGCGUGGCGCCCGAGGCUUUCUCUGUAGUCCCAGCUUCAACCGCCCUGCCGGCCGAGUGCCCGAUGGUGGCCGAUCCCCAGACCCCGCAAAACAUUUACUAUUUUGGAGUUUAAAGCAUGUCAUCAUGGCAAAGUUUCGGAGAAGGACUUGCAUCAUUUUGUCACUUUUUAUUCUAUUUAUUUUUUCUCUGAUGAUGGGUUUAAAAUUGCUGAGACCAAAUACAGCUACUUUUGGAGCUCCUUUUGGACUUGACCUUCUUCCAGAACUUCAUCAGCGAACUAAUCAUUUGGGGAAAAAUUUUGAUUCCCCAAAGAGCGACAGAAUCAACAGUGAAACAAAUAGCAAGAACUUAAAAAGUGUUGAAAUCACUAUGAAACCUUCCAAAGCCUCUGAACUUAACCUGGAAGAACUACCACCUCUGAAUUAUUAUUUACAUAUAUUUUAUUACAGUUGGUAUGGAAAUCCACAAUUUGAUGGUAAAUAUGUACAUUGGAACCAUCCAGUGUUGGAGCAUUGGGACCCUAGAAUAGCCAAGAAUUAUCCACAAGGGAGACACAACCCUCCGGAUGACAUUGGCUCCAGCUUUUAUCCUGAGUUGGGAAGUUAUAGUUCUCGGGAUCCUUCUGUUAUAGAAACUCACAUGAGACAAAUGCGUUCUGCUUCAAUUGGUGUACUAGCCUUGUCUUGGUACCCACCUGAUUCAAGUGAUGAGAAUGGAGAACCUACUGAUAACUUGGUACCAACCAUUUUGGAUAAAGCUCAUAAAUAUAAUCUGAAGGUCACUUUUCACAUAGAACCAUAUAGCAAUCGAGAUGAUCAAAACAUGUACAAAAAUGUCAAGUAUAUUAUAGACAAAUACGGAAAUCAUCCAGCCUUUUACAGGUACAAGACGAGGACCGGCAAUGCUCUUCCGGUGUUUUAUGUCUAUGAUUCUUAUAUCACCAAGCCUGAAAAAUGGGCCAAUCUGUUAACCACCUCAGGGUCUCAGAGUAUUCGCAAUUCACCUUAUGAUGGACUGUUUAUUGCACUUCUAGUAGAAGAAAAACAUAAACACGAUAUUCUUCAAAGUGGUUUUGAUGGAAUUUACACAUAUUUUGCCACAAAUGGGUUUACUUAUGGCUCAUCCCAUCAGAAUUGGGCUAGCCUAAAAUUCUUUUGUGAUAAGCACAACUUAAUAUUUAUCCCCAGUGUGGGCCCAGGAUACAUAGAUACCAGCAUCCGUCCGUGGAAUACUCAAAACACUCGGAACCGAAUCAAUGGGAAGUAUUAUGAAAUUGCUCUGAGUGCUGCACUUCAGGCCCACCCCAGUUUAAUUUCUAUCACCUCUUUUAAUGAGUGGCAUGAAGGAACUCAGAUUGAAAAAGCUGUUCCCAAAAGAACCAGUAAUACAGUAUACCUAGAUUACCGCCCUCAUAAACCAGGUCUUUAUCUGGAACUGACUCGUAAGUGGUCUGAAAAAUUCAUUAAGGAAAGAGCAACUUACACAGUAGAUCACUAGCUGCCUAUUUCUUAAUGCAUUGAUUCAAAUUUAAUAAUUAUCAAAUCAACUAAUUUUAAUAAAUGCCUUUGUUUUGAGUUAUGGCAAGAAAACUGCCAAAAUUAGUAUGCACUAUUACUGUUAUCUUUAAGAAAAAUAAUUUUUUACUUUUUUAGAGAUGAUAGUAUCAUUGCCACCUUUCACAAUACUGCACUCGGAAAAUAUCUGAGAGACAAGUUGUGCGAAUAACAUUCCUUAUGGCAUAAUUUACUGCAUUUCUGACUGAAAGUGAAAUUCUGAUUUGAUGGCAAUUUAAUGUUAUUUCACAGUAGAUAAAUGCUUUUGUUACCUAAAGCAGUUAGUGUACAGGUAAAUCAUUCUUGCAUCCUAAGCCCAAAGAAAUAGAACUGCUGUGUGUAUUUGGCAUAUCUAUUGGAAAAAAAAAAAAAAAACCUUAAAAGAUAAUGGACAUGUUUCAGUUCUAAUUUUUUUCAGUGCUUCAAUCAACUUUAUUGUGUUAGUAUUCAGACUCUGAAUAACUCUCCAAUAAUCAUGAAAUUCUUAUGAUAAAUAAUAAAAUCACUUUACCUUCUCUCAAUUUUGCUAUGAACCUAAAACUACUUUAAAUAAUAGUUUAUUUUUAAAAAUUAAAAAAAAAUUAGAUACCAUAAGCCUUACUGUGACCACAUUGUGUUAGGAAGGCCUGUUUUCUUCAGCACAAUAUGCAUCAUCAUUUGCAGAUUUUUGGUUACCUAAAGCAUGCUAAGUGUUUUGCAUGUAUACUGUUUCUGCUUUACUAUGCUGAAUUCCAGAUUUUAGAACCUAGGGAAAAUACUUUUAUAAAAGUUAAUGAUUACUUCUCAAUUAUUAGGAGUUGUUUCACGAUUAUUAUGAAGAUAUGAUGCCCAAAAUGUUAAUAUUGUUAAGAUACUUUAUCAAUCUUUAACUUGUUUCUAUUAUUCAUGUCUUUAAAUUUAAUCAGAGAUCAGCUAUCAUAUAAGAAACCAGAAAGUUAAUACUGUCAUUGGAUUGUCUUUUAAUAUUUUAAGUUAAAAAAAGUUUUUACCAAAAGUGAUAGGGAAAAUUUACUUACCAUUUUAGAUUUUAGAAACAUGGAAAUGAGAAUUUUUUUGUAUCUAAAAUGAGUCCUGAAGUUGGGCUUUACAUUAAGUUUAACACUUUAUAACAAUGAUGAAAAUAAUAUUUCUAAAAGUCACUAUUAUAAAUUUUUCUAUAUAUUAAAUAAUGUCUUCAUUUUAAAAAGUUAUACUUUUAUUCUUGCAGGUUAAAAUACAUGUGAUUGAUAGCUGUCACAUUGUGACUGAUUGAUUACUUAUAUGCUAAAAAUAAAUCCCUUUAAAAACUAAAUAAUAAAAUACACUUUGUUCUUAUAGUUAAUAUAACUACAGUAAAAAAUCUAACAUAUAUCCUAUUACGUAAAUCUUUUCUUAGAUAUUUAAUCCUAUUAAAAGGAACAAUAGGGUAAUGCUAAAAAGCAAUGCCUAUAAAUCUUCAGCAUAUAAAGACAGCCAUUCAGAAACAUAAAUUAGCAUGGAAAUUUGUUAUAAAAUAACCCAUGAGAUGAUAAAAUUUACUUUUAAACAAUGAUGUUUAAGUAAAAUAUCGUGUUUUUGAAAAGAGACAUCAUUAAUGUUAUUUGUAACUUAAGGAAUUGCUAUUUCUCAGAGAAUGAUCAGGCCAUAGGAAAUUAGUACAAUAGUAAUAAUACUAUUAUUUUCCAGGGGAAAGCAAAAGAAUAAAUCACCAUAAUGAUAUUUUAAUAUAACCAAGCGCCUUCAAGGAACAACAAUACAGAUAUAACCUGUGGAUUUUUCUCUUAUAUCCAGUUAACCACUAUAUGAUAUUUUGUGGGUAAAUUAUAAAUAGGUCAUACCUAAUAAUCUCUUAUAAAAUACCAUGUUUUAUUAAAGUGUUGUUAGAGAUGACUUUUUCUCAUUGCUUAUGGAGUAUAUUUGAACCCACCAUGAUACAAAAUAAGUUUUAUGAAGUAGUUCCUAGAUUAAGGGAAAGUCUAUAAAAACAAGGUCAAUAAAUCCUCAACACAGAUACCACCACUUUCCAUCUUGUUCCCAUUGUAGACACAGAUAAUUCACUACCGCAUACUUUACCUGUGAGCUUUGUUGUGAUUCCCCAGUAUGUUACUCCAACCGGCCAGUAACACUAAGAUUUCAAAGUAAGAUAAAACAGAAUCUGUCUUCAUUCCAGAAUGUUAUUCUCAAAGGAAGGAUGUGCAGAAUCUGAUCAGUGUUCACUAGUUUAUAAUUAUUAAUAUAUGAAUAUCUGUUUCUUUUCUCCUUUUGAAAAAAAUAAUUCUAAUUAUCCCUCAGUAUCUCUGGAGGAUUGAUUGGUUCCAUGAACUCCUGUGGACACCAAAAUCUGCUGAUACUCAAGCCCCCAAAAUAAAAUGGCAUAGCAGUUGCAUGUAACUUAUGCACAUCCUCCCAUACGCAUUAAAUUAUCUCUAGAUUACU